AUGAAUUCUUCAUACCCGAUAUAUCUGGUGGCAAUAGCUGCAGUGACAGCUAUAGCCAUUUUAAACCGCAUUCUACGAUAUCGAAAACUCAGGGAGUUCUCCACGCAGCAUCAUUGUGAGAAGACCACGUAUGAAACCAGAUUUCAGCACGAUUAUCUUGGUCUCGGGAAGGCGGUGGAAUUGGGCUUUGCCUUUCGGCGAAAACAGUCGUUGUCAUAUACAAACAAGUUAUUCCUGCAACACGGCCAUACGUACGGGACAAAAAUCCUCGGCCUCAAGCUAGUUUUCACUUGUCAUGCACAAAAUAUCAAACAAGUGCUUUCUACAGGCUUCGUGGACUAUGAUAGUUCCCAGCUACGGGGACACCUUUUUGACUGUGUAGCGCCUUCUAGCAUCUUUGCAGUGGAUGGUCCAGAGUGGAAAAGCGUUAGGGGUUUGUGGCAGCGUCAACUCUCCAAACAUGGCCAGAUCUGCGAUCUGCCCAUGUAUGAGAGGCAUCUGCAAAACUUCAUCCAACAUGUGCCGACGGAUGGUGAUGCAUUCGAUAUUCAAGCCCUAUUCUUUAACCUUUGUGCAGACAUCACGAGCUCAUUCGCGCUUGGGGAAUCUCUGGAUGCCCUUUGCCAUAUGCAAAGUCCUGAAAAGAAAAGAUUCGCGGAAGACCUUGUAUACAUAAAACACACCAUCGCAAAGAACGGCUUCCGUGGACCAUUGCAUUGGAUAUUUGGAAAGAAGCAAUUUGUAGAUGCCUGUGCCAGAGCUCGAAGAUACGUUAUGGCUUAUGCAGAACACGCAUUGGAUGUAACGGCAACUAACACUACCAUGGAACAGGAAAGCCCCAUGGAUGUCAAAGACAUCUCACAGCUUACAGAUCACGCCAUGACUCUUAUGAUUGCGGCAGUAGACAGUGUAACAUCCUUACUUUCUGCAACAAUUUUCCUCCUAUCUCAGAAUAGGCGAGUCUUUCGAAAACUGAGAAACAGUAUUAUUGAUGCCAUUGGGUAUGACUGUCCUACAUACAAGCAGCUAAGGGGGUUGAAAUACAUGCGCUGGUUAAUUUCUGCAGCACUGCGUCUAUUUCCCCCGGCUCCAUUCAAUGCCAGGACAGCCAGCAAAGACACCGUAUUGCCAUGUGGCGGGGGCUCUAGAGGUGACCUACCCGUCCUUGUCGAGAGGGGGUCGAUCGUGGUAUUUUCGACAUGGGCUAGCCACCGUUUAGGAGCAGAUUUCGAGGAUAGUCCGCAGGACUUUAUUCCAGAAAGGUGGGAGUUAUUGGACAGAGAGAUCCCCGGCUUUCUCCCGUUUAGCAAAGGACCCAGAAUAUGCCCUGGCCAACAGUACGCCAUGACUGAAGCGUCCUAUGUAGUCUGUCGUAUUUUACAAACAUUUUCCACUAUCACGGACUACAAUACUGAAGGAUGGUCGGAGAGGAUUGUUUUGACUUUAGAGAACGAUAAUGGGGUUGUUGUUGGGUUAAGAAAGGAAUCAGAGUAG